CGUUUGCCGUUUAGCACAGGAUGACGGUUGCUGCUGCCGUGUCUUACUCGUAACUCUAGUGAGCACGUAACUUCCCGUUUCGUGACAUAAGACCAAGCAGUUGUGGCUGACGCAAUCGGCUCACGGGGCCGGGGGCACGGGCUCCUUGCCAGCGGCCGGCGGCGGUGACGGCUGGCCUGAGUGGCCCGAGAUCAGACGGGGCCGCCGCGCGGCCCGCGGGCCCCUGAGUUCCGCCGCCGACGGCUGCUGGUGUUUCCAGCCGCGGCCGCAGCGCGGCGCCACUGUAGCGGCCGCCGGGGCCGGGGGCCGCCCUCUCCGCGCGGCGGCCGGCCUGGCAGAGGUCUCGCCACUGACCGCAGACGGGCCGAGCGCAGUCAGCAGUGGGCGCCGCGCGGGUCUGGGUCCCAUCUGCCAGUGACCAGACGUGAGGCGAGGACCGUCGUCAUGGCGUGCCCCAUGGGCAACGGCGUCUGCAAGGCCGGCGCAGCAGCCAGCAACGGCACUUCGUCAGGCAGUACGGAGAAGGGUGAAAACUACUGGACCUACCUGCACCUGGACAAGAUCCUCUCGGCGCAGGUGCUCAAGAGCGGCGCGGCCGGCGAGGUGGUUCACGACGAGCACCUGUUCAUCAUCGUCCACCAAGCAUAUGAGCUAUGGUUCAAACAAAUAAUCUAUGAAGUCGACUCAGUUCGCCAGCUCUUCAUGACAGAGCUCAAUGAGCGCCGAAUGCUGGACAUAAUCAAACAAGUGAACCGUGUCGUCCUAAUAUUGAGGUUGCUGGUGGGCCAGAUAGAGAUUCUGGAGACGAUGACGCCACUGGACUUUCUCGAUUUCCGCGACCACCUCAGCACCGCCUCCGGCUUCCAGAGCCUGCAGUUCAGGCUGCUGGAGAACAAGCUGGGCCUAAAGAAGGAGUGCCGCGUCAAGACCAAGUCGGACUACGCGGCACCGUACGGCGACCACCCGGAGCUGCUGGCGCAGAUCCGCGACUCGGAGGAGCAGCCUUCGCUGGCGCAGCUGGUCGAGCGCUGGCUCGAGCGCACCCCCGGCAUCGGCUCCAGGGGCUUCAACUUCUGGGAACGCUUCCAGGGAGCCGUCAAAACGAUGCUCAGUGAUGAACGCAAAGCUGCGGAGGAGAUGACCGACCCGGUGCAGCAGAAGGAGGAGGUCGAAAUGGUCAGCCGACGCUCAGCACUAUUCGACUCCAUCUUUGACGUGAAGGUGCACGAGGCACUGCGGGCCCGUGGGGAGCGUCGCUGGUCGCACCGUGCCUUCCAGGGCGCGCUCAUGGUCUCCUUCUACCGGAUGGAGCCGCGCUUCAACCAGCCGUACCAGCUGAUUAAUCUUCUGAUGGAUAUUGACGAGCUGCUCAUCAAGUGGCGCAAUAACCACGUGCAGAUUGUGCAGCGUAUGAUUGGCUCCCAGCAGCUGGGUACCGGCGGAUCCACGGGCUACCAGUACCUGAGGGCCACCGUCAGCGACCGGUACAAGGUGUUCCUGGACCUGUUCAACCUGUCGACGUUCCUGAUCCCGCGCCAGUACGUGCCGCCGCUGAGCCGAGCCAUGCAGUUCCGCCUGUCUCACUCCAUCUCUCUGGGUGCCGGAGAGGCCCACGAGCUGCUGUACGACUCGAGUCACAGCGAGGGCGAGGGAGAGGGCGGCGAGCUGGCCGAGGAGACCGCCUCCGCGCCCGGAGAGGUAGAGGGCGCCGCGGCCUCGUCCUAACGAGCGGGGCUAGGCGUCCUAGCCAGAGGGGCGAUGGCGGGGCGGUACCUCCGAUGAGGACAGGCUAUCGGAUCCAGCAGGUAGUCCCAGUGUGGCGAGCUCCAUCUGAGACACUGGGGCGCUGCAGCCGGCCUUUGGAUACAUCAGAAGACACGCGGCAGUCUGGAGCAAUGAGUGCGCCAUAUACCGACAAAGGGCGACGUACAAAGACCCGUCGUCGGGUGCAGCAUUUCGCGGUGUGUCGAAGUACUACUGGUCUGGUGGGUCGUUGGGUGCCUUGCCAUUUGUAUCCCCGUGCGCUUAGCAUGUUCUUGUACCCUACCGAUAUGUUGCUGUUUCUGUUCAGCUUUCAUCUCGCCUCGAUCAUACGCUGCUGAAGUUCGUUUUGCAUUAGUAACGUCUGCGGUGGUGGCAGGCGCGUGCAUGCUAUUGUUCCCACGGGAUAGAUAUAGGUGUGGUAUUGGUUUGUAUUUCCCCCAGAUAUUGCCCACGUUUUGGAUGUUUAUAUUUCCACCCCUUUUGGCGUUAGGACUAAAUACAAUGAAAAUGUCAAUUCAGGUUCAGAAGUCAUUUCCUAACAUUUUGUACCGAUACAUUUUAAUACAUGAGUUGAUUCCAAUAUAUUAUUUCAGUUUAC